GUUGUUUUUUUAUUUUUUUUAUUCUAGUUAGCUUGGUUUCCUCCUGCGAUUAUUUUCGUCCUUCUCGGGUGUAAAUCUCAGACAAUUCAGUAAGCACCUGGCAACCCACUAAGACGCAUUGAAAGCGAUUUGGAAAAGAAAGCGUGGACUUGCUUCCAGAGACACUCUGUUCCAUUCCUACAUCUCUAAAAUCAUCUGUACAGCCCCGACGACAUUGACAAUGAUGGCCUGAUAUUUCAUUGACAAUAAUCCCAAUCCACUGCGAAUAGAAUAAGUCACAGACCUCUCAGGUGCUGCAACACAUCUCUUUAAUCACCAACAAAAUGGAAGACACUUUUAUCUACCAGAUUGGGACUAAUAAUGUCCAGGGACUAUGAAGAGCCUGGCAAUUCAGUAGGGAUGUUGGCAGCAGUGGAACAUGGUCCUGUCCUCUGCAGCGACUCCAACAUCCUCUGCCUCUCAUGGAAAGGAAGGGUUCCCAAAAGUGAGAAGGAAAAACCGGUGUGCAGAAGACGUUACUAUGAAGAAGGUUGGCUGGCCACCGGAAAUGCGAGGGGCGUUGUUGGAGUGACUUUCACUUCUAGUCACUGCAGGAGGGACAGGAGUACACCACAGAGAAUUAAUUUUAAUUUAAGAGGCCACAACAGUGAGGUUGUCCUCGUCCGCUGGAAUGAGCCGUUUCAAAAGCUUGCAACAUGUGACAUGGAAGGGGGGAUCUUUGUGUGGAUACAGUAUGAGGGGCGAUGGUCUGUGGAGCUGGUUAAUGAUCGGGGAGCUCAGGUAAGUGACUUUACCUGGUCUCAUGAUGGAACUCAGGCCCUGAUUGCCUACAGAGAUGGCUUUGUCUUGGUGGGCUCAGUCAGUGGGCAAAGGCACUGGUCAUCUGAGAUCAACCUUGAGAGCCAAAUCACCUGUGGAAUAUGGACCCCUGAUGACCAACAGGUGUUGUUUGGAACAGCAGAUGGACAAGUAAUUGUAAUGGACUGUCAUGGUCGGAUGCUUGCUCAUGUUCUACUGCAUGAAUCGGAUGGAAUUGUGGGCAUGUCCUGGAACUGCCCUGACUUUCUAGUGGAAGACAGCACUGAGAGUGAUACAGAUUCUGAUGAAAAUACCCCAAACCAAGCACGUAAUGUGAAGCCCCUUCUCACAGUAAGCUUCAUAUCUGGAGACAUAAGUUUAAUGAACAACUAUGAUGACCUUUCACCUAAUAUUAUCCACUCAGGACUAAAAGAUGUGGAGGUGCAGUGGUGCUCUCAGGGAGACUUGUUAGCUGUUGCUGGAAUGGAGAGACAUGGGCUGCCUUCUGACUCAGCCUGUUCCUCUAUGAUGAGAAAUGCCCUAGUCAAGUUCUACAAUGUCCAAGGAGAACAUAUAUAUACUUUGGAAACACCUGCACAGAGGCCCAUCACUACUAUAUGCUGGGGCCACAGGGACUCACGGUUGUUUCUGGCUUGUGGGCCAGCACUGUAUGUUGUACGGGUUGAGCACAGGGUGGCCAGUCUCCAGCUGCUGUGUCAGCAGGGCAUAGCCAGUGCCCUAAGAGAGGAGAGAGAUGUGAGCAAACUGAACAUGCCAUCUCUCCUCUGUUCCUACGUCACCAGUGCAUUCAUCCCAACAAUCAAGCCUCCUAUUCCUGAUCCAAACAACAUUCGUGAUUUUGUUAGCUACCCCACAGGGGGAAAUGAGAGAUUGCAUUGCACAAUGAAACGUGCCGAGGAGAAUCCAGAGGCAGGAGGGCCAUGCUAUACUCUCUAUUUGGAGCAUUUGGGGGGUCUGGUGCCAAUUCUCAAGGGCCGUCGUAUCAGCAAACUGCGUCCAGAGUUUGUUAUAAUGGACCCCAAAAUGGACAGUAAGACAGAUGAGGUCUGCGUGAAUGGAAUGUUAUCCUACAUGACCGACAGCUGCAACUGCUCUGACUCUAGUGACAUUGAAUUGAGUGACGAAUGGGUGGAAAGAAAGUCACCUAAACUUUCUAGAGGAAACAGGUCACCCAAACUUCCAAGAAUCAGUAUGGAAUCAAGAAAGUCUCCUAAACUUGCCCAAACCCAAGAACUGUCCAGGUCUCCAAGAUUACCAAAGAAAGCCACUAUUCGAUCUCCAAGUCUCACUCGGAGGGAGUUCCCAAUAGAUGGAAUAAGUGAGCAUAAUUAUCUGGCUCAAGUCACUUCCAACAUUUGGGGUACAAAGUUUAAGAUUGUAGGACUUGCAUCUUUUUUGCCAGCAAAUUUAGGUGCAGUUAUCUACAAAACCAGUUUGUUGCACUUGCAACCACGUCAGAUGACGAUAUAUCUACCAGAGGUCCGAAAGAUUUCGCUUGAUUUCAUGAGUCUACCAGUCUUCAAUCCCAAUGUAUUUAGCGAAGAUGAAGAUGAUUUACCAGUCAUGGGCCCUUCAGGGGUGUCAAGUGAUAAUCCUCCCUGCACAGUCAAUAUACCUAUUGCUCCUAUACAUAGUCCUGCUCAAGCCAUGUCACCCACACAGAGCAUUGGUCUUGUGCAGUCUCUAUUAGCAAAUCAGAAUAUUCAGCUUGAUGUCCUGACCAAUCCCACGGCUACGGCUGCUGCAGCCACUGCUGCAGCAGCGGCAAAGGCACCAGUUCCUGAUCAUAGUGCAGACAAUGUUACAGCGCAGUACACUGUGCCAACAAGAUACUCUAGUCCUGGACAAGUUAUCUUUAGUGGCCUUGAAAUGGGUAACCUUAGUUUGAAUGGAACACUCCCACCACCGCCACAUCAUUUGCCACCGCAACCUCAUCAGCAACAACGUCAGCAGCAGCAGCAACAACAACAAGAAGAGCAUCAUCAAACAUCAAAACAUCAGCAGCAUACACAGACACAACAACAGCAUCUGAAGUUACAACAGCACCAGCAAGCACAACAGCAACACCAACAACCAAUGCAACAUCAUCAACAACAUCUGCAGCACCAACAACAAAUACAAACUCAGCAUCAUCAGCAAAUUCAACAGCACAUUCAACAGCAGCAUCAACAGCAAAUGCAACAGCAUCAUCAUCAAAUACAGCAGCAGCAACUACAGCAACAUCAUCAGCAUUUGCAACAACAGCAUUUGCAACAACAGCAUUUGCAACAACAACAUUUGCAACAACAACAACUGCAACAGCAGCAUUUGCAACAGCAACAUUUGCAACAGCAACAUUUGCAACAGCAGCAGUUGCAACAACAGCAAUUGCAACAACAGCAAUUGCAACAGCAAAUACAUCAGCAGCAAGUCCAACACCACCAUCAGCAAAUGCAACAGCAGCAGCAUCAGAUGCAUCUUCAACAUGAGCAAAUGCAACAGCAGCAGCAACAAAUUCGCCAACAGAUUCAAGAAAUGAGACAACAGCAGCAACAGCUUCAGCAACAGCAUCAGCAAAUGCAACAGCAACAUCAACAAAUGCAAAGACAGCAUCAACAAAUGCAGCAACAACUCAAGAUGCAAAUAUCCAUACCACCGCCUCCUUCAGGGUAUGCCUCCAUUCCCAUGCAUCAGCUGCAGAUGAUGCCUGCAAUUUCUCAUCCAGACCAACCACCAGAAAGAGCAGAGCAGGCACACACUCUGAAGGUUCCUUCUAGACCACAGUCUUUCAUUGAAAAUGACAACUCUCUUGAAAUUCAAAUGCGUAAAAUGAAUCCACCACCUCCAUACCCUGGCACAGUGGUAUCUGCAGCAGCGGCAGGUCCCCCAGUCCAGCCUGGUCUAAUUGGAAACAGUGAGAAUGCUAACACACUGUCAGCAGACUCAUGUCUAUCCAAGGAUGAGUUUUCUCUUCACCCAGUAAGUAUCCAGUACCCGACACCUCUUGGUUAUGAAAGGAUUACAACUUUUGACAGCAGUGGAAAUGUGGAGGAGGUCUGUCGCCCAAGGAGACGUCUUAUACGAAACCAGAAUGCCUAUGGCUUGCAAGGAAUGGGCAGUUCGGCUACAUUGAAAGUUACCUCUUCUGAAAAUAAAAAAGUCCAGCUUCCUUAUAGCUCAGCAACUCUCAGUCGCCUUUCAGUGCCUCGAUAUUCCAUACCAAGUGGAGAUCCUCCACCAUACCCAGACCCUGCUAAUCAGAUCAAUGUCAAUAGGAGUCCUACACAAAGGAUUGAAAGCAGUCUUAUCCAUGCUACUCUGCGACGGGAUCGCAGAGAAAAUUCUCUGAAGGUUCCCCAAAUGGUGGAUACAGCAAGGACUCUACCAACCAAAUCUAAAGUUAAUAGUGCUCUUGCACUUUCUUACCAGCCCAGGAUUCCCACAGCUUUGUACACUUGCACUCAGUGCAGCAGUAAUAGCAGCAGCACAAGUGUAAGUGUCAGUGGUGGUGGAAGCAACAGCAGUGGCAUUGCAGGGGGGACUGUUGUGCGGCAAGAUUUUCCCCCUGGCAAAGGGGCACAACACAGUACCAUAAUUGUGCACUCUAAAAGUUCUUCGACUCUGGCUUCACAAUCCUCUUAUAACCUACUGAGCCCUGUUGACAACAGUAGAGACAGGACUGUAUAUAUCAACUCUGCCUUUACUGAAGAUGAGACUCUAAACCAACAGUGCCACUUGGAAAAAUCAAUGCGUCAUUUAACUCUCGGAGAUGUCAGUUUAACAGUGAAGCGGCCACCACCUUACCAGUGGGAUUCUCCUUCUUCAGACCAAAUAUGGAUGGCCCAGGAUCAAAAUAUGCUGACCAACCCACCAGGACCUCACAAACCACCUCAUCUUUUACUCAGCCAAGCACAGCACUUAGACAUAACUCGACUACCUUUUGUCCUCUCAGCAAAACCUCCCUCUAGUCCAAGUUCAAUUACCAUGCCAUCAAGUUACCAGAUUUCUCUGUCACCUUUUCCCCCUGGUGUGGGACACAGUGGUGCUCAGUUUCAGCCAUUGCAAAAUACUCCUCAGCCUUGUGGCCCCAAUGACAUGGUAACAUCAAUGCCAUUUAGCCAGCAGGAUCCAUCUCUUGUUUUGCCCCCUGGUUAUGCAAAUAAUCUGGCCAGUCUUCCCUGUUGCCCACUCCCUCCUAUGUAUCCUGGAGCAAGCUCAUGCACCAACCUUCAGCUUCAUCCAAUGGCUUUACAUCCUUGGAGCACAUACAGUGCUUGCCCUCCUAUGCCGGAUCACUCAGCAACUUUACCAAGUAAAAUGCAUCAAACUUUGGAAAAGCCCAUACUCUCACCCCCACCACCUCCGCCACCUCCUCCACCACCACCACCUCCUCCACCUCCACUCCCUCCUCCUCCUCCUCCAGCUGAACUUAUGGCUCACCAAAGCACCUCAGAGGUUUUAGCUGACUCUGGUGAGAGUUUUCAGGAGCAAUCAUCACUUAACGAAAGUCCAGUGCAACAGGGGUCAGACAGGUUUAGCAAAAAAAGCCGCAAAAGACUUGACAGCAGAGCAGAGGAGGCGGGUAUGUCCAACGUUUCAGAGAGUAAGUCAAAAAAGGAAGGUCGUGCUCUGGCUGACUUUAAUUCUCUCAUUGCUAGUCCAAGGCUUAGUGGCAGAGAGAAAAAGAAGCCUAAAGGACAGAAAGAGCAACUGAACAAGGCCAAAAAGCUGAGCAGGACCACAAAUGAGUUCCAAGACAGCUCUGAAAGUGAGCCAGAACUUUUCAUUAGUGGCGAUGAAUUAAUGAAUCAAAGCCAGAGCAGCAAGAAAGGUUGGAAAAGCAAGCGUAGUCUGCGCACGGCAAAUGAACUCGAGGAGAUUAAGUGCCGCAAGGCAAAUGAGAGAGAAGAUCGAAGUCUUGGCAGUCAGGGCUUUGUGUAUGUUAUGGCCAACAAACAGCCAUUGUGGAAUGAAGCUACUCAAGUCUACCAGCUUGACUUUGGUGGAAGAGUGACACAGGAAUCGGCCAAAAAUUUUCAGAUUGAGCUGGAUGGACGACAAGUGAUGCAGUUUGGCAGGAUCGAUGGUAAUGCAUACAUUCUGGAUUUUCAGUACCCAUUCUCAGCUGUGCAAGCAUUUGCUGUCGCAUUGGCCAAUGUCACACAGAGGCUUAAAUAAAGGACAGUAAUGGCCAUCGUGUGCAAGACUACACAAUUUGCUGAUUAUAUUGUGAACAACAAUGGACAACGCUUUAUGUUGCCAAUAAAUAUGGUACUGCUUGUGUUCGGCCAGAGUAAAGGAAACAGUCAGCGUAAUACGGUCAGAAUCAUAGCAUACCUAACAGUGUAAAACGGUACAGAAUGGUUGAAAAAAAUCAUUCUUUUGUUAACUAUAGGGGAAUGAGACAAAAAGAAGCAAGUAAGAAUGCAGGACCAGUGCUUGAUUAAAGCUAGUAAAGAUCAGUUUCUAGUUUUGAUUUUUUCUUUUGGUGUGUGUAUUUGUUUCAUAACAUUAAUAUAUGAAAGGCUAAACAAUGAUUUGCAUGCAAACCUAUGCCAAUUUAGUUAACCUGUGAUGAGAUUCCCAUACUGAGGGUUUUGUUUUUUCGCUGCAGAUUGUUUUCCGAGUGUGAGUGGUAAUAUACAUUUUACGAAUUGUGUACUAAGGGGGAUAAUGACUUGAGUGAAAAUAUUUUUGAACUUGACUGUUCUAUCUAUUGUAUUUCAUUUAUGUGGUGUAACAUGAAUCAGACAUUAGAACUAUAGGCUUCAACAUCUCAUUGCAAUGAAUGCCUUCAUUGUUAAUUGAUUUGUUGAUUUUUUUUUAUCACUUUUAUUUUAUUAUAAACCUUUGUAACAGCUGCAGGUUUUUUUUUAUCACUUUAAACCUCUUAAAUAGAUGUUGAUCAUGAAACAGGUGGCGUUAAAUGAUAUUUGAAUCACUGUUAUUUGUAGAUUUGUAAAAUAUUACACCCAUUUCAUAGCAUCUCGCCACAUAAGCACGCAGUUUUAAUUUUAAUAUGGGUUUUGAAAACUUCAUAAUUGGGUCUGUUAAUCGUACAAGAAUGAGCUUAAACUUAUAUAAGUAUGAAUAAUUUGGCAUUGUAAUGUACAAAUAAACUUAGAAAGUAGGCCUGGCAUAGUUUUGAAAGAGGUACUACCACUUGGAGGAUAAUAGAACUGAAUCUAAAUCUCUUUAUGAUGGCUAGAGUGAUGUAUGGGAUAAACAUUUUCCCAUUUAACUAAUAAAGAUUUGGUGAUUUUCUUAGGUUUGUUGAAGAAAUAUCUGGAUUCUAUGUUCAGUGUGAUUGCCAUUUCAUGACCUUAGUUUUUCUCUAUGCGAUUUGGUCUGCCACUUUAUUUUCACUCUGAUAGAAGCUGAGGUCAAGAUUUGUUUAUGUAGCAGUACCCGGGGUACUACAACGUCACAGUCGGGACAAAAUCUAAUUGGCCCUGUAAAUGUUGACACAAGAUCUGUUUACUGUAUUUUAUAUAUAGUAUAAAUAUAAACACACCUCUGCUUUCUUAUAUAAUUUGAGCUGUUAUUUUGAUUUUUAUAUUUUGGAUGUAAGUUUAAAAAAAAUGCUGAAAGUAUCUGUGUUGACAGCUGAUGGUUGAUAUGAUCGUUCUCCUGUUUUUGGUGUAUAUGCUUUGAUGAUUUGCAAACUUGAGCAAUUUCCAAUCUGUUAUACUAGAGUAUUCAGGCCCAGUUUGAAUUGUGUGGAAUGUGAGGCUUUAACUGUGCUAAUGCUUUACUAUUGUAAUGUACAAUAAAACAUGAUGAGCUUGUAAUAUUAAA